AUGGCCGAGCCGGGGCCGGAGCCCGGGCGCGCGUGGCGGCUGCUCGCCCUGUGCGGGGCGGCCGUGUUCCUGGCGGCGGCCGCGGCCGGGGGAGCGCUGGUGGCCUGGAACCUGGCCGCCUCGGCCGCCCGGGGGGCUCCUUGCCCCGAAGCAGAGGUGCACAACGCCACGGUACCACCGCCAACUCCACCCAGGGUGCCCGAGGCCGAGGUGCGGGAGCUGCAGCGCAGGCUGGCCGAGGCGGCCGAGCGCGCAGAGAGCCUGAGCGCACAGCUGGUGCGCGCGGAGCGCGGCCGUCGGGGGCUGCAGCAGGCGCUGAAGACCUGCGAGAACCAGCAGGACCGGCUCCAGACCCAACUCACCACCCUCAAGCUGGAGAUGGAUGAGGCUAAGGCGCAAGGCACCCAGAUGGGGGUCGAGAACGGAGCGCUGGCAGAAGCCCUGGCGCGCUGGGAGGCGGCGGCCACUGAGUCCGCUCGGCUGCUGGAGGAGGCGCAGCGGCAAGUGGGCAGCGCUGUGGCCCAGAGCGAAGCCUGCGCGGCCCGGGAGGUGACGCUGCGGGAACGCGUGUGA